AUGUUUCUGCACCUCUACUUCAUAUUGUACAUAUGUAAAUUAUUCCUGCGCAUAGUUUUUUGCGACGAAGCAAUUUAUUGUGUUAAAGGGAACAACAAUUCCCAUCAGUGACAUUAAGAGGCAAGUUGAAGUCCAAAGAAAAUGAACGACGGCAAGCACAAUGGCAACAUCGGAUUCAAUUAUGAGCAAGGAAAAUAGUCGACAUAUGCCGCCGGAGGAAUUGGCCAUGCAGUCACUAACAAAACAACUUUUUAAAUCACAACUGUUUCGGGGUAUUUAUAUAAAGCGUUGCUUUGUGGAGCAGGUUGGUGGAUAUCGGGACGUCGUAGCGUUACAAAGUAGUGAAAGAGAUUUGGGGAAGCAACUACUCGCUAGCGCAACACAAUUAAAUAUGUUCUAUCACCGUUUCGUGCCAGGCAUGUGGGUAGGCAUUAGCAAGGAAAGCGAUGAUAUUCAAAAAUUGAGUGCUUGUCAACUUGAAACGUGUAUUUGGACACAGCUCAGUAAUGCGGCAUUUGGUGAAUACUGGUUUAUCAUAAAAACAAUACGCUUCAGAUCUCACGAAAUUCAGAUAAAGUUAAAAAUUGUUCGUGAAAUUCAACCAGAGUCAAUAGUAUCGACACAAUGCUUUGUGCGUUCAAAAUCCCCUUGCCCUACUGGGACUAUCUGGGACGACAAAAAACCUGAUGUAGGAAUAGAAAAGGAUUAUCAAUCUAGGAUUGUUACGCCCGACUUUUUUGCUUUGUUUCGGGAUUGGGGUCAAUCCACAUAUGAAUUUAUGGCUAACGAUGUAAAUAAGCCGAAUAUAAUACGCUUCAUACGGUUUCUAGGCCUGCUUUUAUUGUCAAUAGGAAGUGGAAUAAUUGUCGCAAUUCGCUUUUUGGGAAUUUUUGUCGUGAGAUUCCUCUUUGAAUUCAGUCGGCUAACACAUGCCGCUACUCCUAUUGUUUUAAGUCUCAUUGAGUUUGUCAACAAGAUUUUCGGUGCAUUCUUCAUUUUACUUACAAUGAUGUGGAAAGACUUAGUGGUAAGUCGAGGAGUUUCAGUGUCAAGAGAACAGAUUCAGGCAAACAAUCGAUUAAAGACCCUCACGUACGAUCGUAGUCAUGAAUCAUAUUGCCGAUGACGAGUCUAUUAAAUUUGGGCACUAUCGAGCCUUCGUUUCAAUUAAUAAACUGUAAAAAAUAUGUAACUGUAUAACUAAUAAAUUAUAUUUUGAGGC